GCCCGCGCCCUCCUCCUCCUCUUGCUGCUCUCAGCUGCCGCGCCCGCCGCCGAGGGCGACGGUUCCCUGCGCCGGCCGGGCCCGGGCAGGCAGAGCGCUCCGGUGCGGGCCGACGCCGCGGCCCCGACGGCCGGGGCCCCUAGUGCGGGGCGCGAGCACAACUCGUCCCGCCCGGCCGCGCUACAGGGCGGGCGGGCGGCUGGAGGGCGGCCUCGCCCUGCCUCGCCCCCCAUGUGCACGGGGCAGACGGAGAUCAAGGAGACUUUCAAGUACAUCAACACGGUGGUGUCCUGCCUGGUCUUCGUCCUGGGCAUCAUCGGCAACUCCACGCUGCUGCGGAUCAUCUACAAGAACAAGUGCAUGAGGAACGGCCCCAACAUUCUUAUCGCCAGCCUGGCCUUGGGCGACCUGCUCCACAUCAUCAUCGACAUCCCCAUCAAUGUCUACAAGCUGCUUGCAGAGGACUGGCCCUUUGGUGUGGAAAUGUGCAAAUUAGUACCUUUCAUUCAAAAGGCAUCAGUUGGCAUCACAGUGUUGAGUUUGUGUGCCCUCAGUAUAGAUAGGUACCGAGCAGUUGCUUCUUGGAGUCGCAUUAAAGGAAUUGGAGUGCCGAAGUGGACUGCUGUUGAAAUUGUACUGAUCUGGAUUAUAUCAGUGAUACUGGCUGUUCCAGAAGCUAUUGCAUUUGACAUGAUUACGAUGGAGUAUAGAGGAAAGGAUCUUAGAAUCUGCUUGCUCCACCCCACACAGAAAACAUCCUUUAUGAUGUUUUACAAGCAAGCUAAAGACUGGUGGCUGUUCAGCUUUUACUUCUGUUUGCCACUGGCUAUCACAGCGUUUUUCUAUACUCUCAUGACUUGUGAGAUGUUACGAAAGAAAAGUGGGAUGCAGAUUGCUUUAAAUGACCACUUAAAACAGAGACGUGAGGUGGCCAAAACUGUGUUCUGUCUGGUACUUGUUUUUGCCUUGUGUUGGCUUCCACUUCACUUAAGCAGAAUAUUAAAACUCACUAUUUAUGAUCAGAAGGACCCCAACAGAUGUGAACUUUUAAGCUUUUUUCUUGUGAUGGACUACAUCGGUAUUAACAUGGCUUCACUGAAUUCCUGCAUCAAUCCAAUAGCCCUGUAUUUGGUGAGCAAAAGAUUCCAAAACUGCUUUAAGUCAUGCUUGUGUUGCUGGUGCCAAUCUAAAGAUCUGUUGUCCCUGGAGGAAAGGCAGUCCUGUUUAAAGUUCAAAGCUAAUGAUCACGGAUAUGAUAAUUUCCGCUCCAGUAACAAGUACAGCUCUUCAUAAAACAAGCAUAAAAGAUAUAUUCUCUUACAUUAAAGUUGGUGCCUUUUUAAGUAAAAGUGGCAAUUACUUUUAACAAGAUGGUAAUGUUCAGAAAUAUAUAGUUUUGUAUUUGCACAAAAAGAGAGCAUGAAAAAAAUUGCCCUAAAAUUGUGUCACAUUGAAAAUCACGGACAUUUAUAAAAUCGUCAUUUAUGGAACGCGAAGAAAAGCAUAGAAAGAAGGAGUCAUUGUUAGCACUUGAAUACUUCUGAAUCAGCACUUCCAAAUGAUCCCCACUUCCUGUACAUUAAACGGUCAUUUGUAUUCUCUGUAACAGUUAUAGGAACUGAAGUCACAGUAAUUACUAAAUAGUAUAAUAUAAAGUUAAUUGGAUCAAAGCCAUUAUUAUAUAUAACUCAAUGUAUUAUCUUUUAUAAAGCAGAUUAACCACCAUCA